CGACACGUGGCAACAAAAAAAACCAGACACUCCGAUUCCCACGAAACAAACCAAUCAAAAUCGUUGCCUUAUCCCAAUCUUAUCUCAGCCCUUUUGAUUAUUACUCUUUAGUCUUUACUUUGCUCACAGCUUUGGAUCACCAAAAAAAAAACUCAAGAGAGACUUUGUGGCCAUGGCAGCCUCUCUCCAAUCCACCGCUACAUUCCUCCAGUCGGCGAAGAUCGCCACCGCUCCUUCUCGCGGAAGUUCUCACCUCCGAUCGACUCAAGCCGUCGGCAAAUCUUUUGGGCUCGAAACUUCCUCGGCUCGCCUCACUUGCUCCUUCCAGUCUGACUUUAAGGACUUCACCGGUAAAUGCUCCGACGCUGUCAAAAUCGCCGGAUUCGCUCUUGCCACCUCUGCUCUCGUCGUCUCGGGAGCAAGUGCGGAGGGAGCUCCAAAGAGAUUGACCUAUGAUGAGAUUCAGAGCAAGACAUACAUGGAAGUGAAAGGAACUGGAACGGCUAACCAGUGCCCUACUAUUGACGGUGGCUCUGAGACUUUCUCGUUCAAACCCGGAAAGUAUGCAGGAAAGAAGUUCUGCUUCGAGCCUACUUCCUUCACCGUCAAGGCAGACAGUGUAAGCAAGAACGCUCCUCCAGAGUUCCAGAACACAAAGCUCAUGACCCGUCUUACCUACACCCUUGACGAGAUCGAAGGACCCUUCGAGGUUGCUUCAGACGGAAGCGUCAAUUUCAAGGAAGAAGAUGGAAUCGACUAUGCUGCAGUCACAGUCCAACUUCCAGGAGGUGAACGUGUGCCAUUCCUUUUCACAGUCAAACAGCUUGACGCCUCAGGCAAACCAGACAGCUUCACCGGAAAAUUCUUGGUUCCAUCGUACCGUGGCUCUUCCUUCUUGGACCCAAAGGGCCGUGGUGGAUCCACAGGAUAUGACAACGCCGUGGCAUUGCCAGCUGGAGGCAGAGGAGACGAGGAGGAGCUUGUAAAGGAGAACGUGAAGAACACUGCCGCUUCAGUGGGAGAGAUCACUCUGAAAGUGACAAAGAGCAAGCCGGAGACAGGAGAGGUGAUCGGAGUGUUCGAGAGUCUUCAGCCGUCGGAUACUGACUUGGGUGCUAAGGUACCAAAGGAUGUGAAGAUCCAAGGGGUGUGGUAUGGUCAACUUGAGUGAUCAUGUUAUUAUAUUUUCCGUUGAUUGUGUUUGAUGAUAAUGAUAACAUCUUUUGAUGCUUUCUUCGUUUAUCUCUCUUAUAUAAAAUGCACAUGCCUAAGAUCUUGAAUUUUCUGUAUAUCCAUGUCCUUCAUCGUAAAAACAGUACCGAUUUUAACCUUACGGUCUAUGAUGAGAAAAGCAUAAAAAUUGUUUGUUAUCGACUAAAUCUGGUUUGGUUAAGACUUAAGAGUCUAUUGGAAAGUUGUGAAGCACAUGUUAAGCAGUUGAGGUGAGUCUCUUUGUAAAGGUGAAGAUGAGUUUAUAUAUCGUACUACUUGUUUAAACUCAAUAAACU